ACAUACUUUAGUCAAAGCGCGAUCCGGGCACUCAUCACAAUCCUAUUAUUAUCACCUCACAAGUCACACAAUUCACCACCCAGUCUCAUUCUGUUCUAUCGCGCUCAUCAAGUUAUCAACCACAUUAAUCACUUCAGAGUUUUGUUCCUAAACUAUCUGUUGCACUGAUUAUACACUUUGAGAGUUUUCGCAUAUCUCGCGUACGAUUAGAGUUUGUGAGGUGACUGGUUUUUUUCCUAAUCUAAAAAUUUAGUGUUUAUGUGAUGAAGGGAAUUAAUAAAAUGUUUUGUUGUUGAUUCCUGAUUACUUUUUUUUUUUGAAACAGAUAAAUUUAUUAAUCUUUAUUACCCUCUAAAUGUGUGUUAUGUGUUGAUUUUAAUAAUAAAUAUAUAUAUUUUUUUUGUUUGAAACUAUAACUUUAUCAGACGGUGUUUAUGAUUUUUUAUCAGAAAAUAUAAUUGGUAAUGACAAUGGAAAGUGAAAAUUCAUCAGAAAAAAUUACAGAAAAACUAGAAAUAAAAAAUGAAACAACAGAAAACUUAAGUACAAAUGAUGAAAAUAACCACACCUUAGAUUUAAUGAAACAACGGGGUACAACGACGUCGCCAACAUCACAAUCAGUUAUCACACAAACAAAUCGUCAUAUACGAACGAUAACUACUACAGGACAUAUCCAAGAAACAGAGUAUCCAGGCCACAGUCAAAGUAGUUCACCAAAAUCAAAUUGUGAAGAAAAUACAAAUGAUCAAGAAUCGAACAAUAAUAACAAUAACAAAGAAAUUGGACAACCCACUAGAUAUAGUACACCUGCACCCUCAUCGCAUCAUCGAGAAGCGAGGCAUAUUGUUACCUAUGACGAACAACAGUCAGCGAAAGAACAAGAACAUGCAAGAUAUUUACAAAACGUUGAUUCAAAUCGAUACCAAGAAUCGUCUACACUCAUAUCCGUAGCCAAUGUGGAAAUAGUCAACGAACAACACGAAUAUCAGCCAUCGAAUAAUAACGAUCCCUUACGUGUAUCAACUCCAAAUGGACAGAUAAUACGUUUCACUGAACCAAAUGACUCAACAUCCGAGCGAUACAUCCAACAACAAUCACAUAUCGCUAGAAUUGUUCCCAGUAAUCGUUACACAUCGCGAAAUACACCACCAAACAAUGGUGAACCUCAAGAUUAUCAUCAACAACAUUCCUCUACACCAUCAGUAGAGUAUUCACAACAUAUUGUUGUGACAAGUACUCCAAACGUACCCACAUCUUCGGAGGGAUUAAAUCAUUACGAAAAUGUUGCAAGUAUUAAAUAUGAAACGGAAGUAGAUACAAAAUCAACGGUAUACACAAAUUUAGAUUCAGUUUCAUCUAUGGCAAAUCAACAACAAUCGCAAACACCUCAAACAACGGUUUAUAACCAUGUGUACAGUGAAAGUCCUGGUGGUAGUCAAUACCAAACUUUACCUGCAUCCUAUACAGCUCACAUCCUUUUCCCCCGAAAUAAUGACGAUAAUAGUCCACCGAAUUCAGUGCUAUACAAAAGUGAUCCCACAUUAACCUCUUCAGUGGUACCAAAAUCCAUGUACAGUUCAAAUAAUUACCAUGGACAAGGGGGUCCCUUAUUUGAAACUCAAAAUCCAGGAUCACCUACUCAACAAACAUUGACGCUAUAUAAUCAAAAUAAUGGAUCGUAUCAAUAUGUGCCAACGAGUGCAGCUAAUGCGAAAAUUACUGCUGAAGCACAGUAUUGGUCGAAUGGUUCGCCUACUUCGUUGGAAUAUUCAUAUCCAAAUAGUUCCAGUACGCCAAUUGGAAUACAAAGUGAUGGUUCGGUAGCAUUAAGCUAUUCGACAUAUUCAGUGAAUCCCAAUGGCGGAUCAAUUGCGUGGGCACCGGAUGACUCACAUUUUGAAACAAGUGCGUUAGGUGAUAUUGUGGUAAAAGAAUGUGUCAAUUGUGGUGCCAGUAUUACACCAUUAUGGCGACGUGAUGGUACUGGUCAUUACUUAUGUAAUGCAUGUGGUCUAUAUAAUAAAAUUAAUGGUGUGAAUCGACCACCAGUUCGAACAAAUAAAAAACCACCAGCGCAAGGCAAUCGAAGAACGGGCGUUUCAUGUGCGAAUUGUAACACAACAAAUACAACUUUAUGGCGUCGAAAUAAUGGCGGUGAACCAGUUUGUAAUGCAUGCGGAUUAUACUUCAAAUUACAUGGUGUUAACCGUCCAUUAAGUAUGAAAAAAGAAGGUAUUCAAACAAGGAAACGUAAGCCAAAGAAUCCAAAUAGCUUAGGAAGCAUGCAAGUGUUAGCUGGACCAUCUGGUAAUUUAAUUAGACAUAAUCCUGUUUUACCACCAAUGUAUCCAACACAUCUACAGUCUGAUGAUUUAACUGGAAAUUCAGGAACACAUCAAAUAAUUAAUACAGAACAAUAUUUAUCAUCUUCUGGUCAGCCACAACUUAUGUUACCAACUAGUGCAAUGCUAAAUCGACACAUUUCAAAUGUUCCACCAUUAGAGCCGGUAACAAGUCGACCCCCAACGGAAAUGAUGUCAUCUAGUAGCGUAAUUACAUCAACCGCAGCAAUAAAUUCUGAACGAGAUUUACCUCCACGAUCAAAUUAAAAAACCAAAGAAAAACUAUAUUAUUUUGUGAAACUUUCAGUAAAUU